GUCACCAAAGGGCUACGCGAACAAUGGCGAGCGGAAAAACUCCUACAUUAGCGUUGCGAUCCGCCAAAGGAGUCGAAGUGUGGACGCCCGAACAGCAAAAACAACAGCUCACAUUUCUUCCGGACACAAGAUUUACUCCCGACCAAAGCAAAUCUUGUCGCGCUAUUGUUUACAGCCCUGAUGGACGGUUUCUGGCCUGGGCCAAUGGUUCGACGGUGCAGCUGUGCCGUGCUUCGGCCGAUUGGCAAACGAUCGCUUCGUUGCCACGGCCCAAGGCAUGCUACUUGCGGUUUUCCCCGCUCGGUAACUUCCUCAUGACGUGGGAAGUGUACACGGAGAACCCGCAGGAGACGCCCAAGGAGAAGCCGAACCUGUUUAUCUAUCGGGCGGAAACAGGCGAGGAGGUGUUCUCCAUCAUCCAGAAGCGACAUCAGGACUGGCACAUGCACUGGAGCUGUGACGAAAGCAUUUCCGCUCUGUUGGUCGGCGGAGAGGCGCUUUUCUACGAUCACGGCACAACCGGGCCCGGGUUCAAGCAGGUGGCGAAGCGUUUCGGUGGCCUUCGAAAUGGAGGGCUAUCGGUGGCGCCCGGCCCGUCACCGCCGCAUAUCAGUGUCUACAUUCCAGGCACGAAGGGAGCACCGUCAAUGUGCCGGUUGUUCAAGUAUCCCAACCUGGAAAUGACCCAGCCAGUCGCAUCGAAAAGUUUCUUCCAAGCUGACAAAGUAGACAUGAUGUGGAACCGCAAGGGAAACGGAUUAAUCCUGCUGACUAGCACCGAGGUCGACAAGACGGGAGAGUCUUACUACGGCAAGCAAGCGCUGCAUUACAUGACUCCAAAGGGCGAUUCGUGUGCCAUCCAGCUGAAGGCCGAGGGACCCAUACAUGAUGUAGCCUGGAGCCCUAAAUCGACGGAAUUUUGUAUUGUCUACGGAUACAUGCCGGCUAGGGCCACGCUGUUCAAUUUGAAGUGUGACGUGGUGUAUGACUUCGAGCCAGGCAAUCGGAAUUCGAUCUACUAUAAUGGUUUCGGAAACUUAGUCCUUUUUGGAGGAUUCGGCAAUUUGCCGGGAUACAUCGAAACGUGGGAUUUGGUGCGGCGUAAGAAAUUGGCUAACUUCAAAGCUCCGGACACAACGCUGCUCGAGUGGAACCCGAAUGGAAUCACGUUUAUGACGGCCACAACGGCACCGCGUCUUCGCAUGUCGAACGGUUUCAAGGUAUGGCACUAUUCUGGCGCUUUGCUAGGCGAGUAUAACUGGAACGGCGAGUUGCUUGAGGUGCUGUGGCAAAAGUACCCGACAGGUACGUUCAAGGAAACGCCCAUUUCGGACGAAAAAAUUGCAGGCAUUGUGUCCACAACACCGGUGGCCAGCAAACAGAAGUACAUUCCGCCCGGUGCUCGCAAUAACGUUGCUGUGACAGCCAGUGGCGAAACGGUCGAUAAACGACCACCAAUUCCGGGACUUCCUCCUGGUUAUCAAUCUUCGGUCCAGAUCAAGAAUAGCAAGAGAAGCAAAAAAGCUAACAAGGCAGCUGCCGCUAGCACUGAUGAGGCAACUAAAACCGAGCCCGCAUCGCAGUCUGAACCCAAAUUGCAGGGCACAAAGAAAAAAGGGAAAAAUAUUGCCACCGUUGGUGAUGUAGCCAAUGGCAUCGCUGAUAAAACGAGCGGACCAUCCACCCCUUCGAAUAAUGACGAUCAGAAAGCACCAGCCACCGGUGAUCCUGUCAAGGAUAAAAAAAUCAAGACAAUUCAAAAGAAACUAAAAGAGAUUAAAGUACUCAAAGAAAAGAACGAACGUGGUGAGAAGCUUCUACAGACACAGAUUGUAAAGAUGAACUCGGAAAACCAGUUAAUUCAGGAACUGCAAUCUUUGAAGGUUGCCUAAAACGCACCGUGCAUUUUGUGAAAUGGUUGAAAUCGCACAGUGAAAUCACGUUCCAUGCAAAAACUCUCUUCUUUUAUUUUCUAGUACUGUUUCCCGAUGCCUAUGUCACCGAUCAAUGGCGGGUGAUAACAAAAAGGGAUUGACUUCUACACCUACUUCGAACUUCUACGUGUAGAAGAAUUUUUGAUAGAAUUUUCCAUUGUUAACAUCAAGGCACAGUUCGCAGGGGAGAUUAUUUCUUUUGAGCGAAAUAAAUCUAACUUUUCGACAAAAAAAAGCAAAAA